UUUUGGGAUAUAUUGCACGGCAUGAAAUAUGUGGGUUACCUAAAACCCAUACUCCGUGACGUGAUUUUGGAGAGCCCUACCAUUUCGUUCUACGAGAAAGUUAAUAACUACUGCAAACUGCAAAAUGACACCAUGUUGAAAUACUGCUCAAUACUCAAUUCGAAAGUGGUCGAAUCGAAAAAACUACGCGAUCGUGUUCUAGGUUAUCUAACUGAUGCUGCCAACCAAACUAAAGUUAACUUGGGCGAAGCACUAUGUAUUGUAAAGAAAUUCUGGGAGGAUGUUCUGAAUAUGCACGACGACACACUUGGAUUCAGAGAGUCUACUCGCGAACGUAUUUCAGUCUUUCCCUCAAUGGUGACCAGAGCUGAGGAACAUCUCGGUGUGAAAGCGGACGCCAAGUGCGAACUCGGCGAGAAGUACCCUGAUGCGAAACACAAAUCUAUUGUCGUGUCGCUUGUGAAAAUAUUUACCAAGUACGCGGAUUUUGCGCUAUAA